AUGAUGGCUUCAAUGUCAAGGUCUCUUGGCAGCGGCCUCGCAAGAAGUAGGCUCUUCGAUGAGUCUACUGCCCUCCUGCGCUGUCCGGCCUGCUUUCGCCGACAAGUCCUCCACCAGACAGCUGUGAGGCCGAGCCAGAUUCCUCACAGUCGCCAACUACAACUGGCUUCCAGUCCCGCCAGCCGUCGUGCAUACUCGCAACAGUCCCAGCAGCGGCCUAGGUUCACGUCGAGGUUACGAAUGGCAUUGGGCAAAUCCAAGACCGAGUGGUACUUCAUUCCGGUCGGCGUCGGCAUAGGCUUUCUAGGGCUGGUUCAGGGCUACAAGGUCUACACGCGCGAGAAAGAGAGGCAGGAGGAUGACGAGUUCGGGAAGCAGCCCAAGAGGCGUCCUCGGGUAAGACCCGAAGGCCCAUGGCAGGUUCGCGUCAUGUCCACGUUGCCGCUCAAGGCACUCUCGAGGCUAUGGGGAAGGUUUAACGAGGUAGACAUACCCUACUACUUCCGCGUUCCUGGGUUCAAGUUGUAUUCUUGGGUAUUUGGCGUCAACCUCGAUGAGGUCUCCGAGCCUGAUUUGCAUGUUUAUCCCAAUCUCGCGGCCUUCUUCUAUCGCACACUCAAACCUGGUGUCCGUCCUUUGGACCCUAAUCCAAAUGCCUUGCUGUCGCCUUCGGAUGGCAAGGUGCUGCAGUUUGGCCAGAUCCAGGGCGGUGAUAUCGAGCAGGUCAAGGGUAUGACCUACAGUAUCGACGCUUUGCUAGGCAAGAACACGCCGACACCAAGUAUAAGGUCCGGCACUAGCACACCUGCGUCAGACGGAAUCACAGCCGAGGAGAAGCACAAGGACGCGGAGGUCGUGAAGCAAGAUGAAGAAUUUGCCCGAGUCAAUGGCAUCUCGUACACUCUGCCUAACCUUCUGACCGGUCCCGCCAUGUCCCAGAAGCAGAAAGGCCACCCCGAAGAUCAGUCCACCGGCGCCUCACCGACGUCCGUCUCCGAAGUCCGUGCGGAUCUUGCCCUCGGCGAAAAGCCAUGGUACGACCUUUUGUCCAAGGACAAUCCCACUUCGCUUUAUUAUGCCGUUAUCUAUCUCGCGCCUGGCGACUACCACCGAUUCCACUCUCCCACAAACUGGGUCGUUGAGCGGCGGCGACACUUUGCUGGCGAGCUGUACAGUGUGUCACCAUAUCUCCAACGUACGCUCCCUGGUCUCUUCACGCUCAAUGAGCGAGUGGUGCUGUUGGGGAGAUGGAGGUGGGGUUUCUUCUCGUAUGUGCCCGUCGGUGCGACCAACGUAGGGUCGAUUAAGAUCAACUUCGAUCGUGAGCUGCGGACCAACAGCCUGACGACGGACACCGCGGCCGACAGAGCGGCCGAGGAGGCUGCUGCACGAGGAGAGCCGUACACUGGCUUCUCGGAGGCGGCCUAUGAGAUGGCAAGUCCCGUGCUGCAAGGGCAUGCGCUGCGCCGUGGUGAGGAGAUGGGUGGCUUCCAGCUCGGGAGCACAAUCGUGAUGGUCUUCGAGGCGCCACUGGGUCAGGAGGAUGAGAGUGGGAAGCUCAAAGGCGGGUGGGUGUGGAAUGUUGAGAAGGGGCAGAAGGUCAAGAUGGGCCAGGCCUUGGGAAGGGUUGAUGAAGAGUAA